ACCACGUUUAUUUCUUUUGCCCCGCGCAACUCAAUGCCGAGACCCUUCAUCCAUCCCCGUCCAAGUAGGGACGGACAGGCACCCGGCACGACGUACAGAAUGUCCUGGCACCGGCGGUCUCCAAGCUGUACGGUUGCAGCGAGGCUUCAGCGCACAGGAGAUAGUUCACCCGAGUAGCUCUUCAGCAUGACGCUUGACCGGUCGAGCCGCAACGGCGGGAAUCGUUGGCGAAGUGUUUCUUCCGACACGACGGACACGCUGGCGUCCGUGUCGAGUUCCAUCAGUAACGGAGUCCUGUUCACCGAAACUUCCACCCGAAAAGGCUGGCCAUCGAUUGCAGGGGCCCCCAGUUGCCACAUUUCGUAGACCUCCGGCGGCGAGACAUCCCUCACGCUUUCGCCCACGGCGUGGACCGAUCAUUGUGGCCUGGUUGGCGGCGCUCGGUCACCGAAGCUCGCAUUCUCCUUGCAAACUCGUGAAAGAUGGCCGUUUCCCCGACAUUUGUGACAGAUGCUACUUGCGUGACGACACUGAGUGGCGAAGUGCUCGCCCCCGCAGCAAAAGCAGGAAAUAGCGCCAGUCCUUUGUUUCCAUUUCGAUGCAGCAGGAGCAGUAGAGGUGGUAGAAGCAUCAUGUGACAUUGCAUUUUCAGCCGCAACGCUCGGCAGUUUCGGUGUCGAUAGCAGCUGCGAAUCCUUCGUCGCUGCUUCCAUCGCGAUGGCAGUCUUCUUCGCGAGGUCGAGGGUCAGGUCCGGAAGUUCCAAAAGCCGCCGCUGUAUCGCCUCAUCGCUGAUCCCCCGACUAUACGGUCUCGGAACCUCCGGUCAUGGGACACGCCAAAGUCGUAGUCGUCCGCAAGUUUGUUUAGCCCGGCGAAAAAAUCUGCUGCAGCCUCCCCGGCAUGACGUACCUGUGAAUGAAACUUGAAACUCGCCACGACUUCUGACGGCCUCGGCGAGAAGUGCCUGCCAAGCACUUCAAAGACGGUCACCAGGGUGGCUUCUGACGGCUUAACUAGAGCCAGUAAACUGUGCAGCACUGAAUACGUGGCCUGGCCACAACAGGUGAGGAACACGGCUCGCCGUUUGUCCUCGUUGACAUCGUUGGCGAUGAAGUAUUGCUCGACUCGUCCCCGGUACUCCUCCCAGCUAGAUUCCGCGUCGAAAGGUUCGAGCUUGCGGACCGAUGGCAUUCUGGAACAGCCGUACGUGUCGGCGGCAGCAACUUCAGUGCGUAAACAUCCUCGUCGCCAGUGUGAUGUUUGCCGAGUCCAGGAACCGAGUUAUAUGAAGACAACAGCAGUCCAGUGUGAUGCGGAAGCAGUGUUCUACAAACGCGGGCCAAAUCGUUCCUGCUUUGUGUCUGCUUCUGGAGAGAGGGCGUGAGGGGCCGGCACGCAAAACGCGCUGGGCUCGCGCUUCUAACAUUCUAGCAUUAUCGGUCGAGGGUUUGUGCGACGGCCGAUAAUCAUGAUGUUGAUUAUGACUGCGCCCAAGCGCCACCUAGACACUGUCACAGUUGGAACAGGUGGAUGGCAUUUGUGAGAAGCGAGUCACUUGUGGGAACUCGCACUCCAGACAGUCCGUGGCAGCGAGUUGGUGUGGACCCGUUUGAACUGAUGGGAUGGAACUAUGCCAUUAUAGUGGACUACUAGCUCUUCCUGGAAGUGACAACCAGGCAGUGGCAGCCCUCCAGGUCCUCCGCUGGAAUGUGAAGGAGCCUGGUGCCUUCAAGCACAUCUUUGUUAACAAAGAUGAAGAAACCAUCCCGGUGACGCCAUACAUCACCUACGUUGGAGGAGAUUUGGAGGCGGCAGAGCUGAUGAGCCUCCACGUGGAUCAGCUAAGGCUGUUCGAUGCAGCGGAUGCUGAGGAGGGCAUAGUGUCCGUCAUGGCAGCUUACUGGCUAUUUGGAAUAGAAUAUAACAAUUUCUACAACACGGCCUGUUUUCUUGAAAGACUCGGCCUCAAGAUGGCCUACUCGCCACUGCGAGCAGUGGCAAUUAAGCUGCUGAAUAAAAUAGCGUAAAUUAGAACCUUUAUAGAAAAAUAAAAAGUGGACCAGA